CCAAACAAAAAGAGCAAGAUAGGCCAAAAGCUAGCUUAUCGAUAUAUAUAAUGCCUAUAUCAAUGGACCCCCUUGUUCUUGGACGUAUAAUAGGAGAUAUUUUGGAUCCCUUCACGAGUUCUGUUUCUCUGAGGGUUGUUUAUAACAACCAGUCAUCGGUUAUCAAUAGUUGUGAGUUCAAACCUUCCCAAAUCGUCAACAAACCAAGAAUUAAUAUUCGUGGAAAUGACCUAGGGAUCUUUUACACUCUGAUAAUGGUGAACCCCGAUGCUCCUAGCCCAAGUGACCCACAUAUGAAGGAAUAUUUGCAUUGGUUGGUAACCAAUAUUCCAGCAUCUACAGGGGCAACCACUGGAGAAGAGAUUGUGGAGUAUGAAAGUCCACGACCAACUUCUGGGAUUCAUCGGAUUGCUUUUGUGUUGUUUCGUCAAUUUGAUAGACAAAUUGUGCAUGCUCCAAGAUGGCGCCAAAAUUUCAACACUAGAGAUUUUGCUGAGGUUUACAACCUUGGAUCACCAGUUGCUGCUGUGUAUUUCAACUGUCAACGUGAAGGUGGUUGGGGUGGACGAAGGAGAUGAAGACCCUUCUUCGAUAGAACUAAUUUAGCAAAAAAAACCAACGUUACUACAUAUAUACACGUUUGGUGCAGUCACACUGCGCACGUUGUCCUAAUAAUUAAUAAAUACUGUAAUAUUUGAAACCUCUUCAAUAAUUUCAGGCAAGCUGCAGCUAUGAAAGGAUAUGAAAUUUAUUAUUAAUCCUUCGUGACA